UAAUUAUUUCCUGUCAAAUUAGUUUUGAAUUUUCGGAAUAAAUUAUUGUACGACUGACUGGCUCAAUCCUAUGAAUAUGCAAUAUACAUACAUAUAGCCACCGAUCUCUUCGAGUGCUUCUCUCUGCUUCUGCUGGGAAAUGUCACCUGUCGUGUGAUGUCGAGUCGGGUUACUUCAAAACACUGUUCCGCCGCAUAAAUUAAGCCCAGCAACGUUGAUUAAUUGGGUCGCAUUUGAUGAUUAAAACAUAAAUUGCAAUGGAUGCAGAAAACUUGCCCCAUGUACAGCAACCAGCACCAGGACGAGGUCCACGCAGGACCAGGACCAGUCUUAGGGGUUGUGCUGGCACUAAAAUUACACUUAAUUAAACAGCGAGGAGCCAUUAGGGAUCCUCUGCAUCGCGAACCGAACCCCUUUGGACGGAGCAAGUGGAGAUGGUGCAGGGUCUUGAAUGAGGUACGGAUGGGGUUGUAAUAUUCAAGGAAUUCUUUUACAGGCAUAAAAAAGGGGCAAGCACAAAAUGUUCUCAAGAUCCUUGAAAUUCUCUACCAUCUUAGUCGAAGCCGUAGCAUCUGUGGAGACCUAUGCAUUACCAAGAUGAUAGUGCGCGUGCCGCGAGAGAACGACAUUGGUUUGAUCUUUGACAUGACGGUUACCAAUCGCCACAACGGCGAGGCGAAGCUAACUUUGGACUUGAUUGUGUCCUCGGAUGGGCCAUGUACGGUGAAUACCACUAAUGGCGAAAAGGUCCAAGUGGGUCCCAUUUAUGGGGGUAACUUUGGGAGCGUGGAGCCGGGCAAAAGUGAAACCGUUUCCCUUGUGUGGCCCACUGUGUCGCUGUACAAUCGUGUGGGCUACUGUCCCAUCACGAUCUGUGCCUUGAAUCCCUCGAUCGAGCCGGCUACAACCAAGCAACUGCUGCACUUUGACACCCGCUUCGAAACCCUGGACCCCCAAAAUCGUACACUACGCAGGCGAAAGGACUUUACUCCCUGCAACAACUGGGACAAGGAAUACUUUAUGAACUGCCUGCCCGUCGUCUGUGAGGAGCGUUACUUUGGCCAGCGCAGCUUCUACAACUACACCACGGAGCAGUGCGAGCCGGUCCCGUCGUGCUCCAAACCCGGCGAGUACUAUGACUACUAUGGAAAUGAAUGUGUGGAUCCCAACAAUUUCAUAACGGAGGAGGAGCUCGAGCAGAUCAGGCAGGGAAAAUUUGAAGAGAAUAUUCUGGAAUUGCGACCUCCUCCUGGGUGCAAAUAUGCCAAGCCAGCCCCCCAGCCAAAGGCCAAGUGCAAAAAACCUACUCCUACGACAACACCGCCGCCCGCCACCUGCCCUUCGAACAGCGUGAAAUGCUCGGCAUCCAGCCGGCGAUCUUUGGCUGAUUUCAACAAUUGUUUUCAGAGUCUGCACGAGUGCGUUUCCCCAGAUGUUCCAGAGUCCAGUGACAGGAAGGUCGGGAAAAAGUCAACAUCUGAGAUGUCGCUGCUACAGCAGUUGUACUACGAUUGGUACUUGCCUCUGCGAGCCGACACCUGGGGCGAAGAGAGUCUGGAGGAAUACAGGGAUGAAUCCACCCCGGCAGCGGAUGACAGCGUCUCAUCCGGAUCACAGCCCCUUUUGACAUGGCUCGCCGAGGUGGACUCCACUGGAUUGCUGUUGGUGAUUCUCAGGAGCUUUGGAAUUAUCUUAUUGACAGUUGUCUUUCAGGUAGCCAUCACGACUGUGGCAUAUCUGCUUGUGUGUAUUUUGGUCUAUGGCUUCCUCGAACUGGUGGGCCAUAUCCGGAAGUCCGAGACGACAACCGAGCAAUUGGCAAAGAAACUAAGGCCGAAGCAGGAUGAAAAUCGUACUGAAAUCAUUACCUCGGAGAGUUUAAUGUCACACCGUUUAUAGUU